AGGCUUGUGAACACAGUGUCUAUGGCUUUAUCGACAUCCGGACCAGCAAACAUCUUGUCUUUGACGUGGAAGAAGCAAGGAAUGCAGAGAUGGAGUUUUUCUACGACACUGACAACCGUCUUAGUGUCAUGACCGCACGAGGUUUUGAAGUGAAAAGAGACUCUAGUGACGAGGAAUGUAUCGUGGUACGCUGCAUCACGCACGACGUCGAUUUCAUCCACAAGAUUCAUCGACUGGCUGAAACGGCUUUACUCUUAGGAUCGUCCAUACCGCGCUCUCUGAAAGAACAGUCCAUGAUUGAUUACGCUAUAAUUGUGUCCCAUCCUCACGGCUCGCCCAAGACGAUUUCAAUCGGACAGCUGUUGGAGUACCGGAAGAUUCCGGAUAGGGCUGGGAUACUUAAGCGUGUUUUCCGUCAAAUGGCGGGAAAACAGCGACUGUCUUUGAGGGUUACUACCUACAGCAGCGCCACCUGCCCAGGCUGUACGGGGGCUCCAGUAAUCACUGGAUAUGAGGACGGUUGGGGAUGGUGGGCGAUGACUCACACGCUGGCAGAUCUAAACAGUGGAGUAAAUAUGGCAUUUACUUAGAAUCAAGCGAUAAGGCUGUGACAUAAUCUGGCAACAGAUUGAUUAUAUUCAUCAGACAAAAGCAACAACAUUCCGAAAUAGAUUUUUUAUAAAGUAUUUAUUGAAACGUUUGAACUUAGAGCAACAAUAGACCUUAUGACGAGGAAGUAUUUUUGUUAUUGGGUUGGACUACAUCUAAACCCAGCACAGUUUUGUAAGAAAGUAACAAGAAAGUUAUACAUAGUUGUGCGGGGUGGGGCG